CCAAAAGUGAGCGCUAAUAUCCCUUUCCUAAACCAGGGACGAAGUUUCUCUCGGACCAAACACUAACAAUUCACACACAAGUCGAAGAGCCAUCCAUUCGAUCCUCAAAUCGAAAUCUCUCGCAAAACCCUCAUCAUCAUCAUCUUUCUCUCUCGCUCUAAACCGUAGAGCUUGAUCUAGAUCGGAAACAUGGGGAACACAGAGAAAUUGCUGAACCAGAUUAUGGAUCUGAAGUUUACGGCCAAGAGCCUCCAACGCCAAGCACGAAAGUGCGAGAAAGACGAGAAAUCCGAGAAACUCAAGGUCAAGAAAGCAAUCGAGAAAGGGAACAUGGACGGCGGUCGAAUCUACGCCGAAAACGCCAUCCGCAAACGCACCGAGCAGAUGAAUUAUCUCAGAUUGGCCUCGCGCCUCGACGCCGUGGUCGCUAGGCUCGAGACCCAGGCCAAGAUGACCACGAUCAGCAAGUCCAUGUCGUCAAUCGUGAAAUCUCUGGAAUCUACGCUUGCCACCGGUAAUUUACAGAAGAUGUCUGAGACGAUGGAUCAAUUUGAGAAACAGUUUGUGAAUAUGGAGGUCCAGGCGGAGUUCAUGGAGAGUUCCAUGGCUGGAAGCACUUCGCUUUCCACACCUGAGGGUGAAGUCAACAGCUUGAUGCAGCAGGUGGCCGAUGAUUAUGGAUUGGAGGUGUCAGUGGGGCUUCCGCAGCCGGCAGCGCACGCGGUGGCGGCAAAGAACACCGAGAAGGUCGACGAGGACGACCUCUCGAGGCGUCUUGCCGAGCUCAAGGCGCGUGGGUAAUUGAAAUUUAGUUUGAUGGACUUGGAAAACCUUUUGUGUGAUAUAUAUAUAUAUUGUUAUCUGGGUUCCUACUAUGGCUUAAAUUCUACAAAAUUAUGAGUUGUAAAUUGUACUAAAUUUGAUCUUUGUGUUAUGUCUGAAUUUAUGGUAAUUGGGUCUUUAGAGCAAUGGCUUUAUGUUUUUCUUUGCACAACAUAUCUAGCAUUUGAUUGUAUGCUGAGAUUAAGUAUCCUGUGCCAUUUGGUAACUACAUAGAAAGAGCUUGGCUAUAUGUAUGAUUUAUGAGUUCGAUGCUUUAUCUAAUGCUGGAAAGAUUUAUGUGAAUUUGG